AAUAACAUUUGUUCGGACAUCUUUUCAAAUAUUGCACACUUUUCUGUCUUGCUGAUAUACUUUAAGCUGCUCUUUGAUAUUUUCCUCAUAAAACUAUCAAUUUUUGUAUCUCAUUUUUUGAGAGUAAUCUCUGUAAACUUGAAGAUGGCGAUAUCGGAAUCUAAUGUGAAAGCAGCUCCGAUUAAGUUUUCGCUCGAAAGAAUUCUUUCCGAUGACAAAAACACCAUGAUUGACAAAUGCGCCACAUCUGCUAAAAGACUCGAUUUUGAGCUUCAAUCUCAAAAUUUGAAUACAAAAAUAUCACCAAAAUUCUCAAUUGACAAUCUUCAUAAUUUUGGCGCCUCGAAUGCCUUUCCAAAUUUAAUUGAUAGCGCAAUUCCAGAAAAUAAUUUAAAUUUAAAACUGCCAGAGUUUUCUCUGAAAGCAGAAAGUCUUUUAAACGACCGCUUGGUGAAUUCAAAUUUUGCUAACUUUGCACCUGCGAACAUUCAGUCCUACCAUAAUUUUCUCAACAUGAGCUUAAUUCGAUCUCAAAUCCUGAAUUUCGAAAAACCUGGUCUUCAAACUCUGCCAAAUUUUUCAUUCCGAACCAACCCACAACUUCAGCUAGACUAUACCACUAGUAGUUCACCUUUGAAUUAUAAUUACCAAAUGAGAAUGCUGCAAAACUUGAUGAUUCAGAGAUCUUUCCAGCAACACCUGAUUGGCCAAAACUUCACAAAGUUUUCUGCCGAUAGCUUCGAUUUGACCGGAAAAGGACUACAAAAACACGUUGAUCUCAAUUUCAACAACCAGCUGUUCAACCUAAACUGCAGUGAAAAAAUACUUUCACCCAAGAAGGCAUCAAAUUUCAACCCAUUGAUUGGAGGAGCAAAGAGGACAUUCGAUCACGUGGGUGGGGGGCAUCAGGGUGCGCGACAUCAUGGGGGAUCGUCUUCGGGACUGUCGGCUGCUUCGCUCAAUGCAAAGAAGCGCUGUACAAGUGGGAAGGGGAAAGGAGCGAUGUUUUCACCAGUAAACUCUCAACUACUCGAACUGCUCGCUUCAGGCGACAGUGGAAUAGACGUGGGUUCAGACCCCAGUCGAAUAGAUGGGGAAGAUGACGUCACUUCUGCAGGAUACCGAGAUGACGAGGUCAUCCGCAUGGAAUCCCUCAUGACUCCAGAGGCGGUGGAGAAGCUGUCAAAGAUCCCCAACAUAAUCGGCGACUACAUUUGUCAACUAUGCAAGAUAAAGUACAACGAUGCUUUUCAACUAGCUCAACAUAAGUGCUCCAACAUACUUCAAGUCGAGUAUAAAUGUCCGGAAUGUUCGAAAAAGUUCAACUGUCCAGCUAAUUUAGCGUCUCACAGAAGGUGGCAUAAGCCAAAAUUCCAAGCCAGAGCUGAAAAAGUUUCCCCUUUGGCAUUCGAAUCAAUAAAAAACGGAAACUUAACUUCUGUUGCUGAAAUUUCAACCAGUUCAAAAAUGGCAAACUACUCGUUUUCGUGCAAAAAAUGCGCCCGAGAAUUCAAAAAGCAAGCCUUUUUGGACAAGCACGAACAAACAUGCUGCAGACCUAAUAUGAGCUCACCUAUUGAAACUUCGCCCAAAAAUAUAACCAAUUUUGUAGACUUUGCGACCAAAAACUUCAACAAUAUCAGUCCGAUAGGAAGAAAGGGGCUUACAAUUUCGCCCCUAGAUGGUUUGUUGAAAAUUGUCGACGGUGCCAAAACUGAGACAAUUUCCAACACUGAAACUCCAGUUCGGGGAUUUUAUCCAAACUUCCCGAGAAUGAAUCUCUUGCAGCAGCAUUUCCCAAGAGCCCAGAAGAGUUUGUUCAACUAAACGUCGUCUCAAGAUAAAACUUUAUAUAAACAUUUCUUGUAGAAUGGAUUUUCGGAAUGUAACUCAAUUCAAAUUGUAU